AUGGCAGAUCUGGGAAACGAGCACCUGGUACAAUCGGAAGACCCUGAGCACCCUGCAAACCUGAUUCCCAGGUUAUGCAAACAAUUCUACACUCUUGGAUGGGUCACUGGCACUGGCGGCGGCACCAGCAUUCGCAAAGAUGAACAUGUCUACAUUGCUCCUUCUGGAGUCCAAAAAGAACUCAUGAAAUCUGAGAACAUGUUUGUGCUCAAAUACCCGACACCCAAGUACCCUCCCUCUGCUCGACAGUACAUUCGCAAGCCUCUGGAUCUGAAGCCAUCCGCGUGCACGCCCCUGUUCCUUGCUGCGUUCGAACGUGGAGCUGGCUGCUGUAUCCAUACACAUUCUCAAUGGGCGGUUCUUGUCACUUUACUUGUCGAGAAAUUGUUUGGCAGGAAGGCGUGUUUCGAAAUUAGCAACAUAGAGCAGAUCAAAGGCAUACCAAAAGGACCGGGAAAGGGCAUGCUGGGAUUUCAUGACACCUUGCGAAUCCCCAUCAUCGAGAACACUCCUUUCGAGGAGGACUUAACGGAGUUCUUAGAGAAGGCCAUGGAGCAGUAUCCGGACACGUACGCGGUGCUGGUGCGGCGGCAUGGAAUCUACGUCUGGGGUGAUAAUGUCGCCAAAGCCAAAACGCAGUGCGAGAGCUUGGACUACCUGUUCCAGCUGGCUGUGGAGAUGCACAAGCUGGGUUUGCCAUGGACCUGA